AAUCCCGAGUGCGGCAAGCGCGGCCUGCGGCGGAGCGCCUCUGCUCAGAUCCUAUCCCCGGCUCCCUCACCUUCUUCGCCAGCGGAGCGUACCCGAGAGCGUGGCGCUGGCUGGGCCAGCUGUCAAGUGGAAUGUCAUGGCCAGCUCCUCGGACAGUGAAGAUGAUAGUUUCAUGGCUGUGGACCAAGAAGAGACUGUGCUGGAAGGGACAAUGGAGCAAGAUGAGGAGCCCCGCCCAGUAUUGGAGGCUGAGGAGACUAGACAUAAUAGGUCCAUGUCUGAGCUGCCAGAAGAGGUUUUGGAGUAUAUCCUGUCCUUUCUCUCACCAUACCAGGAACACAAAACUGCAGCCCUUGUCUGCAAACAGUGGUACCGACUUAUUAAAGGUGUAGCCCACCAGUGUUAUCAUGGUUUCAUAAAGGCUGUCCAGGAAGGAAACAUUCAGUGGGAGAGUCGGACUUACCCUUAUCCUGGAACCCCAAUCACUCAGCGGUUCUCACACAGUGCGUGCUAUUAUGAUGCUAAUCAGUCUAUGUAUGUGUUUGGAGGCUGUACCCAAAGCAGCUGCAAUGCUGCCUUCAAUGACCUCUGGAGACUUGACCUAAAUAGCAAAGAGUGGAUCCGACCUUUGGCUUCAGGGUCCUAUCCUUCCCCCAAAGCUGGCGCGACUCUGGUUGUAUACAAGGACCUGCUGGUGCUGUUUGGUGGUUGGACACGGCCAAGCCCUUACCCCCUACACCAACCAGAGAGGUUCUUUGAUGAAAUACAUACUUACUCACCCUCUAAAAACUGGUGGAACUGCAUUGUGACAACCCAUGGCCCACCUCCCAUGGCUGGGCAUUCUUCUUGUGUGAUAGACGAUAAAAUGAUUGUCUUUGGUGGCUCCCUAGGAUCCCGGCAGAUGAGCAACGACGUCUGGGUCCUUGACCUUGAGCAGUGGGCGUGGUCCAAGCCGAACAUCUCUGGCCCUAGUCCUCAUCCUCGAGGUGGCCAAUCUCAGAUUGUCAUAGAUGAUGCAACUAUUUUAAUCCUUGGAGGGUGUGGUGGUCCCAAUGCUCUGUUCAAGGAUGCUUGGUUGUUGCACGUGCACUCAGGUCCCUGGGCCUGGCAACCACUCAAGGUGGAAAAUGAAGACCAUGGGGCCCCAGAACUGUGGUGCCAUCCAGCUUGCCGAGUAGGGCAGUGCGUGGUGGUCUUCAGCCAGGCUCCUAGUGGGCGAGCCCCACUCAGCCCCAGUUUGAACUCUCGCCCAUCACCUAUCAGUGCCACUCCUCCAGCCCUAGUUCCCGAACCUCGAGAAUACCGCUCUCAGUCUCCGGUAAGGAGUAUGGAUGAAGCUCCCUGUGUUAACGGCCGCUGGGGAACACUGAGGCCCAGAGCGCAAAGACAGACCCCCUCAAGUUCCCGAGAAGGAAGCCUUUCCCCAGCCAGAGGCGAUGGCUCUCCCAUCCUCAAUGGUGGGAACUUAUCUCCAGGAUCAGCAGCUGUAGGUGGCUCUUCCUUGGACAGUCCUGUACAGGCUAUAUCUCCUAGCACUCCAUCUACCACUGAAGGAUAUGACCUAAAAAUGGGACUUUCUUUGGCCCCCCGACGAGGGUCACUACCAGAUCAGAAAGAUCUAAGAUUGGCAUCAAUGGAUCUGAACUGGGAUCCGAAACCUGCUUCCAGUAGCAGUCACAUGGAUGGUGUGGACAACAGAACAGUUGGGGGAAGUUUGAGACACCCUCCUGAACAGACAAAUGGUGUGCAUACCCCACCGCACGUGGCCAGUGCCCUUGCAGGAGCAGUUUCCCCAGGUGCCCUGCGUCGGAGCCUAGAAGCCAUCAAAGCAAUGUCGUCCAAAGGCCCCCCAGCCUCCGCAGCACUAAGUCCUCCUCUGGGGUCUUCUCCAGGCUCCCCUGGGAGCCAGAACCUGAGCAGUGGAGAAACAGUGCCCGUUCCCCGCCCAGGGCCUGCCCAAGGAGAUGGACAUUCCUUACCUCCCAUUGCCCGGCGCCUGGGCCACCACCCUCCACAGUCCCUAAAUGUUGGCAAACCCUUGUACCAGAGUAUGAACUGCAAGCCCAUGCAGAUGUACGUGCUGGACAUUAAAGACACCAAGGAGAAGGGGCGAGUCAAAUGGAAAGUAUUUAAUAGCAGUUCUGUGGUUGGACCUCCCGAAACCAGCCUGCAUACAGUGGUACAAGGCAGGGGCGAACUCAUCAUAUUUGGAGGACUCAUGGACAAGAAGCAGAAUGUGAAGUACUAUCCAAAAACAAACGCCUUGUACUUUGUGCGAGCAAAGAGAUAAUAUGUUCUAAAACCCUUUCCCUUCCUGUGGCUUUUAAUUUGGAAUUUUCCAGCGUGCAAGCAUUUGGACUGAGAAUUGAGAAAACAAGGGACAAAAUUACUCUCAUAAACCAAACCCCAAUUCCCAACCUCACUCACUCCAGGCUGGGAUCAAAUCUCCAUUAAGAAAAGAAUUAUAUAAAUAUAUAUUAUAUAGCCAACUCUGUUUACAAAGAGGGAGAGAUCUCCGUCCUGGUUCAGAUAAAAUUGUUGCUGUGUUUUAGCAGAGGCUGUGCUGCCUUUUUCUACUUUGCUGAUAACUAGACCAAGAAUUUAGGGAAUAGAUUAAUACCAGAACCUUACUAAAGAAACUGAAGAGCCACCUGUAAAUCUUAUUUGGCCUUCUUAGAGUUAGAAAAAGAAAGGGCAUGUGUAAGAUGCACGACUAGAGGUUUCAGAUUCCCAUGCUUCAGGGGCUGGCAGGGUAAAAGUAACCUGUAGAAAACUGUUCUUCUCCCCGCCCUGCCCCGCCCGCAGAGGACCUGUGAAAACUUCUCUUUGCAGUAAUGCCCUGUGCCUGGCCCUAUUCUGCUCUUUGUGACUGAGGAAAGUUACCCAACAAGGGAUUUUGUUCCACGUUUGUGUGCCGGGAUCAUCGUGAAACAAAGUUUAUGCAGAAACACCUAGUGUCCAUUGGUUUUUGCUCUCUCCAUGUUUCAGAAAACAUUCUGGUGUCUGAUUGUGGAAUUUUCUGACAAUCAUAUUUCGUUGCAGUUGCCAAAAACCACAUUUGUUCUCUUUUUCUUUCCCUUAAAACCUGAUCCUCAGAGGCUGCCUUUGCUAUUUAUAGGCUGCUUUUCUUCCCUCCUUCCUCCCUCCCUCCCUCUUUUUCUUUAAUAUGUGGAUUUUUUAAGCCCUAAAACCUUUCGCACUUUCUUUUAUUAAGCUUGGGUGCCCAGAGAAAUCUCUUAGAAAUAUUUCUGGAAUCCAUUUUCUGGUGUCACUAGGGGACCAGUAGGGAAUUCUGAGAUGCCAGUAUCAUGAGAAAUCCUUGAAGCAUCAAAAGAUACUGUUUUACCUUACGGGCUUCUUUUUAUUUCCAAAGCACGUUGGACACACCCAUCCAUGUUUAUGGAACGUGGAAAUGGAUCUUGGGAGAGAAUCCCAAUAACGGUUCCUUCUAGAAAUGACUUUUGCCCUUGUUUGUGACACGCAUUUUUCUGCCUGGUUGUUGACUGGUGAUUGGGUUGAAUAUCAUGUGCUUGGCCUCUCUGAUGCGUGGCUGACCUUGGGAGCAGCUCCUUCUUUGUCAUUGUCAUGUUUACCUGUCACCCAAACAAGGCUUGGGUUUUUACUUUCAUGUCAUUUCUGAGAUAAGGUGUAACCCACCAGAGCAUGUUCUUUGGUUGACACAGGAAAUUACAAGUUACCAGUCUCUAAACCACGGCCUGGACAUAGGAGACAUUGGCACCACUUAAAUGUGGAUUUUUUUGGUGAUUUCUCAUCAGUAGAAAGAGGAUUUUUAUUUUGCCUUUAGGGUUUAAAUUUCAAAACACGGCAUUUCUCAUCCCCACACUCCCCUUUUUCUUGUUAGCAUUUCCCAAGCGCAAGCCUGCUACAGCUGGCCCUGGGUCCUGGCUCUCAGCCAGCUCUUAGCAGUCUGUCUGAUAAGUCUGUUUUCUCCUGUUAACGUCAUGUUAAAUCCUUUCCCCUAGCCAUUAGCUCUACAAUGUGGUCUUGGUGGGAAAGCGCCCCUGGUGCCAAGCCCAGGAAAGGGCCAGCUCAUGGGGAGGGGUAUGUGUUCCAGAAACUGCUCUAUGUGCUCCCUUAGAUGAGGAAACUACCAUGUGCCUACUUACUGUGGUGUCCAACUGCUCAGAGCUCAGCACUUAGCUUUCCAGACUCUCUGCUCUGGGCCUGUUGCCAGUCCUUCUUUGGCAAAGACUGUUUGAUCGUGUGGGGGUCCUUAUUCACAAGAGAAAGCUAGCCUAGAAGAUCAGCAAUUUUGGCAUUACUACUAUUGCUGAACCUUGUUUAUGACAUUGCAUUUGUGCAUGGACAGUGCCUCCAAACUCACUUCCUACUUAAAUAUAAAGUAUUUGGAAGCCUGCAAGUUCAGAAUCUCAACUUUGUAAUCUUUCCUUUUGUCCUGUGGCCUUCCUAAGCCAGCUGUUAACUUGUUGAUUCCUUCUACUUUCCCCAAGUAGGCAGGCAACAGAGAUGAUGAUUCUCUUAGAAAGUAACCUGGCUCCUCGGAACUCCAUGGCAUCCCAGCAUUACCCACGCCACUUGGAACCAGACUGUCUGUUUACAGCUCUUGAAGAAGAAUCUGCCUCUUCCGCACCUGGUGGUGUGGGUCCUGGUGGCUCCUGGGCGUUGUGGCCGUGUAUCUUGGGAGAGUGACUCAACAUAGUCAAGGUGACUGUCUCCUCCGGCCCUUGUGAAGCCGCCCCAUGCAGUGGAACUUCAGGCGUCUCAGCUGAGGUGACCAUUUCCACGGCGCCAUGGAUGCUUCAGUCAGAUCAGAUUUAACCACAGCUCUGGUUUUGACAUGAUGCCGACUUUGUCUUAAAAUUCACUGAGGAAAAUGAGGCAAAAUAUUUUUUUAAACCCUCAGGAGCACCUAAAGUAAAUAUUUAUCCAUAUUUAAGUAUUUAAAAUACAUUUUGUUUCUACUUGAAGCUUUAACCCCCUUCCAUUCCUGCAAGUGUGCCUUUGAGAGCCCCCAUGUCACAUUGACUCCACUGGCCACCUCAUUGACGUCGUGAGAAUUUUAGUCUCUUCCCAUCCUCUUGAACAGAGCUUCCUGUUUUCUCAUUUUGCAGGCUGUGCAGCAGAGAGGGUUCUGUAUUUUUGCUCAUGUUUCUGCCCUGCUGCUACACUUCGGUGGUGGGUUCCACAAACCACCACCCACCCACCCACCGCACCCACCAUACAUUUGGAAGCACACAUUUGGUAUCAAAACAAACUUAAAUUUUAGUUGUAAGGCAAUACUGGGCUUACUCUCCUCCCAGCCCUCUGGAGAUUGAUUUCAUUUUAAUAUUUGAGUUUUCUAUCAAGAGCUGAAACCAUGAACUAUCCUAGGAACGGUGUCCAAACUCUUUAAAAUAGAAGAAGAGGAAGAAGAAAGAAAAGCAACUGAAGUCUUGACUUUGGAGGACAGAAAGCCACCAGCUGAUGGAGAACAAAGGGAUGCUUCCUUUUCCUUUCACUUUAUUUUUCUGGAUUUCCUUCUGCUUUGCUUCUUCAGAGUGACAUUCCUGGUUGGUUUGUCUGUCUGUCCUUGUCCUUGUAAUGAUCCUGGUAUGGUGAUGUGCUCUGCUUUGCAUUAUCUGUGGUCUCUUACCAGCGCACAAGUCAGUGGGGAGGAUCUGAACACACCCAGGGGCAAGGAAGCCGAACUUCAAAGCCUGUACCCCAUGCAGCCUCCCCAUGAACUGCAGAAGGCAUGUUCUGCAUGGUCACCAGUAAGUGGCUCCCUCCACCAUGUUCACUGUCAAAUGAAAGCAACCCUUAGGCAUUGGCUCCACUGUACUCUCUCUUUCCUUCGCUCUGCUCCCUUCCCACCAACCAGGGUUCAUGUCAGUGCACACCUGUUGUGCCCUGACGAAGCUGGUGCUGUGAGUGAUGUUUUCCAUACAGCUCAGGGGUCCUGGGUGGCUUACCCUGAGAUGAUCAUUUUAGGCACAUAACAGUGUAGGAAUGAAAAGUGGAUUUGAUUUCAUUGAUAUUUAAAUCUCUGUCGAUUUUAUUUUUUGUUUAUGUUUUCCCCAAUGACUUUUUAGCAGUUUAACAAAUAAAACAAAAUGGAUAGAAUUGUCUUAACUGUUUUAUUAGUAUGAAAGAAAGCAAGCUGUGACGAAAAGCAAUUGGAGAUUGAAGUUGGAAGCAAGGUAGUUGGAAAGAUUCUCCUCCUCUAGGAGGUUGCCCGUCCAUGAGGACGUCAUUUAAUAAAGCAGCUCUCUCCAUCAUGCUUGAAGGACUCUGUUUCAGAGCCUCAGUACCACCCUGCAUUGGAGACCCAAGAGAGGUGAUGAGCUUGGAGCAGAGGCCCAGGGACCAGGAUGACAUCUACGCCAUCACUGGCCUCCUAAGCAAAGAUGAGGACACGGGGCCUCCGGGUCUUGAAACAGCAUAGCAAAUGGGGGUUCAGAACACAGGCCUGAGCCCUAUAGGCCUGUGGCUAAUUCUGCCUUCCGCUAUUUACUACUUAAUCUUGGAUACAAGUUUCCUAUCUAUAAAUAUAGUUUCUAUUUUAUAGGAUCAUGAGGAUUAAUUGAAGUUGUAUAUGAAGAGCACCAGCACAGUGCCUGGCACAUAAUAAAUGCUUAAUAAGUGGUGGCUGUUAUUUAUAAUUAGCCCUUGAAGAAAAUACGUGAUCUUGAAUGAAAGUGCUGGGCAAUGUGUGUAAAUUGUUAGGAGCAUGGCCAUACUAAAGAUUAUGCAUGUC